AUGGCGCUAGGUAAACUUUUACUCGGAGUGGUAUUGUGUGCAGUAGUGGCCUCCGAUGGUGAUGUGAAGCCAAGAUUUUCCAUUUACGAAACUGUCGAAUUGAUAAAAUUCGAUGGUUACCAACCAGAGACCCACCAUGUCACCACACCAGAUGGCUACAUACUGGAGAUGCACAGGAUACCUUACGGCAGAUAUGCAAACAACACUUCAGAGGACAGACCGGUGGUCUUCGUCAUGCAUGGUCUGAUGGGCGCUUCCCAGGGAUUUAUAUUGUUGGGACCAGAGUAUAGUUUUGCUUACAACCUAGCAGAUGCUGGCUUUGACGUCUGGAUGGGCAAUGCCCGAGGCAACAAGAACUCCCGGUUCCACGUCUCUUUAGAUCCUGACGAUGAAGAGGAGAAGUUCCAAUUCUUCGAUUUCAGCUUCGAAGAGAUCGGCAUGUACGAUGUUCCAGCUAUGAUCGACUAUAUACUGCAGUAUACCAGAAGGGACAAGCUACAUUAUAUUGGCGCUUCUCAGGGAGGCACUGUAUUCCUAGUAAUGGCGUCCAUGUUACCGGAGUACAAUGAUAAGCUCAUAUCAGUUCAUCUACUAGCAGCAGUAGGUUAUCAAAAUAAUUUUCCUGGUGCACAGCUAAGAAGAGCAGCGUUAAUGACUGAUAUUAUUUAUUCUCAAGCAUUACGCAAUGGCAUAGUGGAACUCUUCCCUCCGAACUCUGUAGAAAUGGUGCCAGGAAUAACUCCCUCGCGAGAGUUGACGAACGCUAGAUGCGUUGGCAGCAUGGAGUAUAGCUACAUGUGCGAACUCUUCGGUGUUAGGAGUCUUAUGAGGAACAAUCCAGAUGACCAAGCAGGUGCAGCACUAAAACAAAUAGCUCACUACGGCCAAAACAUUAGAGACAGGCAGUUCCGUAGAUACCACCACGGCAGGCAGGCUAACCAAGCAGCAUAUAAUGAAACAUCACCACCACUAUAUGACUUGAGUCUCAUCACAGCACCAGUCGCCAUGCAUUAUUCUCUAAGUGAUGACUUGCUAGAUGAAAGAGAUGCCCUAGCUAUGGUCGCUGAUAUGCCGAACGCUAAAGCACGGAAGGUAGCAAGGGAUAGCUUCCUACACACAGACUAUGUGGAGGCUUUGGAUGCCAAAGAGCUGGUUACGGAUUAUGUUAUUGAAGAGAUUAUAAAGGCUGAGUAAGUAUCUACAUGUACAACAUCA